UUCAGUCAGUGUCAGUGAGCUCUGAGAGGUCACAGCUGAUCACUCUGCGUGGAGUUACACACACACACACACACACACACAAACACAACUCUUGUGUUAUGCAUCCCUUUACGCGAAAAGCGCCAGGGGAAAUACUUUUUUGCGGUGUUUCCCUGUAUGAUCAUCUUGUCCUGUCAACGGGUGACGGAUCUGUGUUGUGUUGUGCGUUUUAAAGUGAACAUUGAGGAUCACCGGAGUGCUCGAGCUCCAGUUCACGCGUCUAAAGUCAGCGGUGUAGUUGAUUUUCUCCUCCAGGAUGGCCUCGGCGCGACAGGACUAUAUUGCCCCAUGGUGGACCUACUGGCUGCACAAUUUCCCGCAUUUUAAUUUUACUUUCCAGGCGGUUGAUAACACAUUUAAUCCGCAGGACGCUAACUAUCAGCAGUCUCUGAUCGUCCUGGCAUGCGUUUCUGCGCUGGGUCUGGGCUUGAGUCUGCUGGUGCUGUGUGCAUAUCUGACCUGCCUGUGCUGCUGUCAUAAGGAAGAGGAUGAGGAAGUCAAGAGGCCCGACACCUGCUGUGUCACAUGGGCCGCUGUUAUCACUGGUCUUGUUAUAUGUUCAGCGGUGGGUGUGGGUUUCUAUGGAAACAGCGAAACCAAUGAUGGAGUGUACCAGUUGACGUACUCAAUUUAUAGUGCCAAUCACACGCUGGGUGGCAUUGGGAGUCUGGUGGGUAACUCUUUGGGUAACAUGCGGGUGGGGAUGAAGGAGCACCUGGAGCGGUUGGAUGAGAUAUUCUCUCCACGAGGAGACUACACCCAAACCCUGCGCUUCAUGCAGCAGAUGGCCGACAACAUCAUCCAGCAGCUCACAGCCAUGCCAGAUACCAGCAAGGUGCAAGUGGAUUUGGCAGCCAUUGCGGACCGAACUGCAUUUAUAGAAUACUACAGAUGGUUAACUUACCUGCUGCUGCUGAUUUUGGACCUGGUCAUCUGUCUUGUAGCAUGCCUGGGAUUGGCAAAGCAGUCUCGAUGGCUGCUUGCAGUUAUCAUGGCGUUUGGAGUACUGACUUUAAUCAUGAGCUGGGCAUCAUUAGGAGUUGGCACAGCCACUGCUGUGGGCACCAGUGACUUCUGUGUAUCUCCUGACAACUUCUUUGUUAACCAAACCAAAGACUCCUUAAGUUCAGAUAUAGUGCACUAUUACCUGAACUGCAGCCAGAGUCUUCCCAAUCCGUUCCAGCAGUCUCUGACCAUCUUCCAGAGGUCUCUAACCACCAUGCAGAUUCAGGUGCAAGGCUUGCUGCAGUUUUCACUUGCUGUGUUUCCCACUGCAGAGAAAGACCUUCUAGGAAUUCAGCGUCUCUUGAACUCAUCCGAGUUCAAUUUGCACCAACUCACUGCCUUGCUGGACUGCCGCAGUCUUCAUAAAGACUAUCUUGAGGCUCUGCUGGGCGUUUGCUAUGAUGGCGUGGAGGGGCUCCUGUAUCUGUGCCUGUUCUCACUGCUGGCAGCCUGUGCCUUCUGUGCCAUGCUGUGUGCCAUCCCUCGUGCCUGGACCCGUAUCGCCAGCAGUGAAAGGGAUAAUGAUGAUAUCGAUGAGGAGGACCCCUUCAACCCGUCGAGACGCAUCACUGCGUAUAACCCCGGCCGAGCUCAAGUGCAUAGCUUCUGCAGUUACAGCAGCAGUAUGGGCAGCCAGACCAGUCUGCAACCCCCAUUACAGGCCACAUCCAGCACACCAGAGUACAUGAACCAGUCCAUGCUGUAUGAGAGAAAUCCUCGCUAUGAAAACGUCCCGUUGAUUGGGAGAGGCUCACCACCACCAUCGUUAUAUCCUCAGACAUUUAGAAACAUAUUCACCCAGCAUGAGGACCACCUACCUGUCUAUGACUGAUGCCCAAAUCAGACACUUCGGAACAGACUUCCAGGUGUAACUUUCCUGGGUCCUCUUUCUGAAGGAGUCUCUGGCAGUGUGAGAUGUUAUCCUUGUUGAUAAUUAAAAGCAGGACAUCGAUGAAGCACAAAUAUAUGUGUCAAAGGGAGUUCUCAAAGACUGCAUGCGGUCCAGACAGUUGAAGUAAAUUCUUCAUAUCUAAAAAGGCAAAGGAUACUUUGGAGGUUUAUGGGUGAACUCUGACUGCUUGUAAAUAUACACUUCUUUUCCUCAAGGGCUCGUCAGGUCGUUGAUAUAUUCUUUUGUGUGAAAGCAAAUGAUGGGAUCAAUCUGGUGUUGAUAAUAUUCACUUACAAAAGAAAACAAUUAUUUGAGUAAUACUUCAGCUUAAAUGAUACAAACAGUGGUUAAUAGCUCAUAACUUAAGGAUAAAAAAAAGAAAAUGUACUUUACCACUCAAAGGCUUUGAGCUCCAGAAUGAGCCUUAAAUUAAUAUUUCUCUGACUUUUGUAAUGGUUAAAUAGACAACAAAGUAUGCACUGACCUACACGGUCUGAGAGAAAUGAUCAACUGGACAGCCUUUAGCAACCUGAGAGAGUAUCUGAUCUGGUGUAGUGAUUAUAUUUUGCAUGAGGAAAAAGGUGUUUGGUGCCUUUUCUGAAAUAAACUGUUAUGCUUUGAUGUGAUUUCACAUCAUAUUUGUCCAGUACUCGUUAGUAGUCAAAUAGGUGUGCUAUUCAUUCCAAACUAAUGAAUAGCUAAAUGUGAAUCAUAUUCUGGAGCGAUAGACACUGUGAUGCACAAUUUGGAUAUGGGAAUUAUGUACAGACUAGUUGUAUUUUUGGUUCAAAUAUUAAAAGUAUCUUUGUAUGUCUCUGUAUGCAAGCUGGAUCAAAGCUGAAGGAGCUUAUUUUUUCUAGUUAAAGUGCUUUUGUGUGUUUCCACUAAAGUACUGAAUAGAUAAUGUGGACAUUUCUAAAGAAAUGUCUUCAUUAAUGUUUCUUUUCUCUUUUUGUUUGUUUGUUUGUUUGUUUGUUUGUUCUGUGAGGUUCACCAUACUGCUUGACAGCUAUGAAUGAACAAGAAUGACAUUAGAUUAGCUUAUACAUGUUGAAUUGUACCACUUUUCUUAUUAUCGUCUUUGCUUUUCAAAAGUGCUGUUUUUUUAU